CAAAAUGAGCACCAUGACGCUGUUUGAGGAGUUGCGACUGGAAGGAAAACUGUGUGACGCUGUCAUCAGAAUCGACGAGGUGGAGUUCAACAUCCACAAGAUCGUUCUCUGCCGCUGUAGUGAAUAUUUUAGAAUUCUCUUCACAAGUGACUGGAGUGUCCCAGAGAGGCAGGUCUAUAGCUCACUUGACAUCUCUCCAGAGAUGAUGCACCUCAUCAUACAGUACGCAUACACGGACUCUGUGCCAGUAACAGUGUCCAAUGUAGAGGAGCUGCUGGCGACUGCAGACCACUUCAGAGUGACGGGCCUCAUACGCGGCUGCUGUGACUUCCUACAAGACCAGCUGUGUCUGGAGAACUGCGUUGGCAUCUGGAGACUGGCAGACUUCUACUACUGCCCCGAUCUGAAGCAAAAAGCCUUCCACUUCAUCCUACAUCACUUUGAGGAGAUGGUUCAGGUCUCUGAGGAGUUCCUGGAGCUCCCCUUGUCCCAGCUGGCGGAGAUCCUGGAGCAGGAUGAGCUCAAUGUCAAAAAGGAGAGCGCCGUGUUUGAGGUCAUCCUCCGCUGGAUUGCUCACAUGCCAGAGGAGCGCAGAGGAGAAAUCUCUGUGCUGCUGCCCAAGGUCCGUCUGGCUUUGCUGACGCCUGACUAUUUCAUGGCCAACGUCAACAACAACGAGCUGCUGAAGGAAAGCCGCGACUGCAAGCUCAUCAUCACCAGCGCGCUGAAGGCCAUGUACGACCUCAACCUGAACAGACCAUCCGACGGCAACCACCAAAACCCGCUGUCUCGCCCACGCCUCCCCUAUGCCCUCCUGUUCGCCAUAGGAGGCUGGAGUGACGGAGGCCCGACCAAUGGCAUCGAGGUGUACGACACCCGAACGGACCAUUGGGUCAAUGUCACGCACAACGAGGAGAGUCCUCGCGCAUACCACGCUGCAGCGUUCCUCAACGGGGUCAUCUACUGUAUCGGCGGCUUCAACGGCGCCGACUACUUCAACAGCGUGCGCAAGUUCGACCUGGCCACCCGCACCUGGCACGAGGCGGCGCCCAUGCAUUCACCCCGCUGCUACGUCAGCGUGACCGUGCUGGACGGCUGCAUCUACGCCAUGGGAGGCUUUAACGGACGCUCGCGGCUCCUGAGCGCCGAGCGCUACGAGCCGGACACCAACCAGUGGACCGUCAUCGCGCCCAUGCACGAGCAGCGGAGCGACGCCGGCGCUACGACACUCGGGGGCAAGGUGUACAUCUGCGGGGGCUUCACGGGUAACGACUGCCUGCAGACAGCAGAGUGCUACGACCCCGAGGCCGACCAGUGGAGUCUGACAUCGCCCAUGAGCAGCAGGCGCAGCGGCGUUGGAACCGUCACCUAUGGCGGACGGGUCUUCGCGGUGGGGGGCUUUGAUGGUCUCGACCGCCUGCGCAGCGCUGAGGCCUUUGACCCAGAGACCAACAGCUGGAGCCCGGUGUCAACCAUGUUGCACCCUCGCAGCAACUUUGGCAUCGGGGUGGUAGACGACCUGCUGUUUGUGGUUGGGGGUUUCAACGGAAUCAGCACCACCUUCGGCGCCGAGCGCUACGACAGGAACACCGACGAGUGGCGCAACGUGGAGGACAUGCAGAUCUGCCGCAGCGCACUGAGCUGCUGUGUGGUGCACGGACUGCCGAACGUGGCCGAGUACGUGCCCCCCCGCGACUCUCUGCCCCUCCCCCGGAUGGAGGAGGAGGAGGGGGAGGCGUCUAGUUUAGGAGGAUCUCUCUGAAGAGCUCCAGUCCAAUGCCUCGCCUGAUCCAUCUGGGCUUG